GAUGCGCUCUCUCUGCCGCGCGGGCCGCGCCCCGGCGUGCGCGACCUCCCGGCGGCUGGGCCCCGUGCUGGUGGCCGCCGGGCUGGCGAGGGCCUGCGCCGCGGCGGCCUCGGCGUCGUGCCCCGGGAGCUUCCCCGUCGAGGGCUACGGGGACGUGGAGCUCGUGCCGACGGGCUGGAUUGGCCCGGAGAGCAAGUUCAGGCCCGUGAACGUGAAGGGUGGCUCGUUGGAGGCCCAUAUGGACGCGCGGGCCUACUUCGCGAACGCUUGCACGCCAGGAAAGUACGACAACACGCAGUAUGUCGCUCUCAAUCUGCUCGGCAAGGCGAUGCGGUACACCACAGACGUCUCUGGCGCGGGGUGCGGCUGCAAUGCGGCCUUCUACCUCACCUCCAUGGCGCAGAACAAGGCGCCCUCCGAGUGCGGCGACCACUACUGCGACGCCAACAACGUGUGCGGCCAGGACUGCGCGGAGAUCGAUAUCCAGGAGGCCAACCAGUUCGCGUGGCACUCGACGCUCCACGCGGCCACAGACAGCUCGGGACUCGGAGCCGGCUACGGCGGGGGCGACGGCUGGGACGGGCCCCGCGACUGGGGCAAGGAGGACUACGCGCCCCGCUCGAGGUGCAUCGACACGGACCUGCCCUUCCAGGUGGAGGUCUCGUUUCCCGUCGACGAGAAGGGCGUCCUUCGUUCCAUGGACGUGACCCUCUCGCAGGGCGGCUGCGAUCUGCGCGUGGGCGUGGGCGCCUACGAGGGCAACGGGGAGCUCACGGAGGCGCUGCAGGCGGGCAUGACCCCGAUCGUCAGCUACUGGAGCGCGAACGACAUGCUCUGGAUGGAUGGGGUCGGCGAGGACAAGCAGGGCCCGUGCUCCAGGGACGACGUCAGCAAGUGCACGGAGCUGGUCCGCUUCUACAACUUCUCGGUGUCGGAGCUCCCCGCGGGCGGUCCGAAGCCAUCGGCGCCCGCAGCGGACGAUGAGAGGCCCGAGCAGGCCACCCAGGAGCAGCCCGAGGAGGCCACCGAGGACGAGGAGCCGGAGCGGCCCGAGCAGGCCGCCCAGGAGCAGUCCGAGGAGGCCACCCAGGACGUGAGGCAGAUGCGGCCCGAGGAGGCCACCCCGGAGAGGUCCUCGCCGCUGCCGCGCGACAUGUGUGCCAAGACGCAGAAGGAGGACUGCACCUGGGCGCAGUGCUGCAGGGACGCCGGCAUGCAGUGCUACCGAAAGAACGAGUACUGGAGCGCGUGCAAGAGGGAGUGCUCACCCGGCGGGCUCGACCCGGAGGACGAGGGCGACGCUAGGACGCCCUGGUGGUGCGAGGAGCUGGGCGAGAGGACCCCUGGCAAGGCGGCCUCCAGGCCAAACAGCAGCACUCCGACGACCACGGCGCCCUCCAGGCAGGCUGCGAAGAGCACGCUCGACGAGGUCCAGGCUCCUGAGAAGGCCAGCGCUUCGACGACCAGGGCGCUCGUCACGACGACUUCCAAAGGCAUGCCCGACGGGGCCCAUGGCCCUGAGAAGCUGGAGGCCCUGAGCAGCGGAGAGGCGAACCUGCUCGUCCGCCUGCUUGACGAGGUCAGCAUGCCGCAGCUCGAGCAGGGGGAGGCCGUGACGGUCCUCAUGGGGGACCGGGAGGCCCGUGCGACGGUGGACCUCAGCGCGCUGCCGCCGCCGGCCCCCCAUCGCGCGGCCACGGCACCCGCGAAAGCAUCGCCGACCUCCACCCGGGCGCCCUCGCUGCCGCAUGCGGGGACGCCGAAGAAGAAGGGCACCGCGGGCGGGGAGGCCAAGGCGAAGCCGCCCGUGCCGGCAGCCUCCCCGGCGCCGACCCCGGCGCCGACCUCCGCUCCCCCCGCGCCCUCGCCGCCGCCGGCGCGGCAGGCGCGGGGGUCGGUGGAGCCGGGCGAGGAGGAGCUGGGUGAGGAGGACGGCCCGGUCGGGGAGACGGAGGCGCAGCGGCGACAGCGGAUGGCCGCGCUGAUCGUGGACGGCAUCGACCUUGCCGCCGCGCCGCGGAGCGCGCGGCGGGCCCCGCCGGCGAGCGCGGCGGGCAGCGGCGUGCUGGCGGCAGGGCUGGCGUACGUGGCGGCCUGCGCGGCGGCGUGCGCGGCCGUGGCGGCCGUGCGGAGGCGGCGCUGGGCGCUGCCCGGUUCGCAGCUGUAUGGGCGGGUCGCCGACGGCGAGGGGGUGAUCCCAACCACCGCCGGCAGCACCGACGACUUCGGCGCCUGCGGCUCCGACUCCGCGCUUCUGGAGGUGCGCGUCGCGGUGGUCGGCGCGGGCCCCGGCGGGGCCAUGGCCGCCCUGCUGCUGGCCGCGCGCGCGCGGCGGCCCGUCCACGUCGACCUCUACGAGCGGCACACGCCGGAGGAGUGCCGCCAGCACCGCCGCUUCUUUGUGGACGUGCCGGGCAAGAAGAGCCUGCGUCGGUUGGGCCUCAGCAGUGCCGAGAUCGGCCGGAUCCACUCUCACUUUGAGCCGAGUGUCGAGGAGGUUGCCUAUUGCUCAUUGACCGAAGCUCUGCUUACGUCCGCAAAGGAUCGCGCUCGGAUGAAGGGUUCGAGCACGUCCCUUCGCCUUCUCCGGCCGCAGACUUUCGAGCCCAGCGCGGCGAGGGGCUACGACUGGGUCAUAGACGCCAGCGGUCGUCACAGAACUUUGCAUCCACCGGGCGGCGGGGAGGAGGUCGCGCUCACGCCCGCGAAGCUGGCGCUGGACGUUGGCUGGACGGUUCGCCUGGCGCCGCACGAGCGCAAGAGCGCCAACCGGCGGCUCUCCCCGCUCCUGCAGCACUUCCGCUCGCACCACAUGGUAGACCGUGGCCACGACGGCACGGGCCGCGACCACAACCAGCUGGUGAUCCCGGACCCUGCCGGCAACUCGACCCAGCAGCUGGUCUGGAUGGUCCUGCUCCCGAAGGCAGCCGCCGGGCUCGUCAAGGACGACGCCGCCCAGCUGACAGCCCUCACGGCCAGCAAUACAGAGGCCGACGCCUUCUUCCAGAAGCACAGCGGCCUGGAACUGCCUGAUCUCUCAGAUAUGGAAGCGGACAUCAAGACUACCACGGCCGCCGUCCACAGCCUCGACCAGGAGGCUCAGCCACUCGUCACGGCGCGGGUAAUGCAGGAGGUGUAUUUCUCCCCCGCGGCGUGGAUGGUUGCAGGCAACGAGUCGCAGUGGCGAGCCCAGGUGCUCCUCGUGGGGGAGUCUGCCUGGGCGAAGGACGCCCCGUUCCACGAGCAGGACGCGAUACCCGACGUGUUCGAGCAGGCCUCCGCCGCCGCCAGCAGCGUCACCGCCGGCUGGGACCACGACCAGGGCAGCGCCGCCCGCCGCUACGCCGACUUCAUGGCCGGCGAGGUCCGGGCGCGCCGGGAGGAGUUGGCGCGGAUCCGAGCCGAGUUGGCCGCGCAGGACGCGCCAGACCCGCUGCUGCAGAGGGUCUACGGCGCCGGCGCCCCGGCUGCUGCGGGGCCAGGCGGGCGGGGGCGCGGCGGCGCACGCCACGCGGGGCCGCGCGGCGCGCCGCUGCUGCGCGCGGCUGCCCUCAGGGCCGUGGCUCUCGCCGCUUGUCUCUGCGAAGUCGACGCCGCCAUGGCCCCGACGCGCAAGGAGAACGCUUCGCCAUGGUAUUGCAAGUGGUGCAGGCAUGACGUCACGAAUCAGCCGUGGUUCAACGCCUCCACCCUUGUGUACUGCAAGAAGUGCGGCCUGCACAAGAGCAACUGUUUCAAGGAGAACAAAGCAGCGUCGCAGCCCAGCGCCUCGGCCAAGCAGCAGUCGCUCGCGGCCAAGGUCAAGGAGCUCGAGGCGCAGCUUGCCAAGCUCCGAGAGCAUCCCCCUGGGCAAGGGCCAACGGCUACGGGUACAGGUGCGAGCCCUCCUUGGGCUGCCGCGCCUGGGGAUGCCGACACCGUCAAGAGGAGCCGUAUCAAGAUGCUGGACCAGCUGCUUCGGGUCACUACUGACCCUGCUGAUGCUGAUAUUGUGGCCAAAUGGCGUGAGGAGCGUGCUAGGUUGGAUGCUGAGCUCUUUCAAGAUAGGCCCAUUGAGCAUCAGGCCAGGUCAUUGGCGUCACGACUGUCCUCCGCCCGUGCGCGACAGGCUACCAUCCAGGCCACUCGCGACGAGCAGCAGCGGAAGAUUGACGAGCUCACCCGAGGCCUGGCCGACACGGACUCCAAGUUGCAGGAGGCGGCUGCGGAGGUCCUCCGCCUCGAGCAGCAGACUCGCGCCGCCAUGUCGCGAGUCCAGCCGCCCGAGGGCACCCAGCCACCGACGUUGGCGGACUUGCUGCCCACCUUUGCGGUCAGCGUGGAGCAGCUGGGCAAGGUUGCAUCGGGCCUCGGCCUUGGCGCCGACAUGGUCAAGGAGCUGCAAGCUAUGGCCAACACGGUCAGCAAGCUGCAGAAUAUGCCGCAGGCCAAGCCGCCUGAACCCGCACCUGCCCCCGAUGAUGAGGAUGGUGAUGAGUCUUGCGCUGAGCCACCUGACAUCGAGAUGUCCGAGCAGGAGUACCGUGAGACGCUGGGUGCAGCAGGGGUCCAAGUCGAGGAGAGCGACACCCCAGACAUCGUGCGUGAGAAGUUCAAGCGCCUUCAGCAGAGCUACUUGGACACUGUGGCCAAGAAGGGUGACUACGGCAUCACAGAGGGCUACUCCGUCUACGCCUACGCGGCUGGCCCCUGGCAGCACGCACUGCUCACCGACCUCAUCUUCGGGGAUUGGCGGCAGAGGGCACCGACCGUCCUCGGGCGGCACGCACUGCUCACCGCCCUUGCCCUCGGAGAAUCCAGGCGGCAGAGGGCGAAGGUGCAGCCAACGCAUGCAGUAUCCCAGCCGCAGCUCAAGGGCCUCAUCACAACGGUGAAUGCUACGAGCUACGGCCCUCUUUUUGACUUUUUGGCUACCUAUCGUGGUACUAUCUUGCUGGCACAAGAGUUGAGGAUUACCGACUCCAGGCUUGGCGAGUUUCAGGCCAGGGCCUUGGAUGCUGGAUGGCAUGGGCUAUGGGCCCCUUCGCCCUCUACGGGGGACUCAGCUACGUCCAACUUCGGAGGGGUCGCUGUACUUGUGCCGACAUACAUCAUGGUCACAGCCCCACCUGAUGAUGGGCAUAUUAUUUACCCAGGACGAGCAGUCUGUGCACAGAUUAACUGGGGAGUGGCAGGCGGCAUCAUAGUCGCCAGUGUGUAUCUCGUCACGUCUAUUGGCAUAUCGGGCGAGAACAUUGAAGUCCUGUGGGCCUUGGCACAGAGAGUUGCGGCGUGGAACUCACGGGGCCUCGACUGGAUCCUAGGUGGCGACUGGAAUUCCGACAUCGAUGCGCUCAAUGUUCGCAACUGGGUCGAGACCAUGGCAGCCGUCCACUACGUGCCCGACCAGCACACCUGCAUCACCGAUGAAGGCAAGAGCACCAUAGACUAUUUCGUCGUCUGUGCCAAUUUAGCGUCUCGCAUCAAGGGCAAGCCAGAGGUUCAGUAUGACUCCAUGGGCGUGCCGCCGCCGCAUUUUCCUGUGGAGCUGCAGCUCAUGGGCGAGGAUCGCCCCACGUGGUGCCGUGUCCCUGUGGAGCCACGUCCCUUUGCGGUGGUGCCGCCAGUUGGCUGUGCUAGAUAUCCCUACCCGUGGCACAGGCUUCGGACAGAGUUCCAACGGGUCAGUUGUACUGACGACCUGAGCUCGCUCUGGGACUCCGUGUUGCGAGGGGUGGACUACGAGCUGGCAGGGCGCUACGACUGUGUGGGUGCUAAGGCCAUGCAGUACAUCGGACGCGAGGGGCCGCCGCAGUUCAAGUGGCAGCACUUGUCAUGGCAGCCGCCACGCAGGCGUACCUACAAAGAGCCGACCGUGCUGGCCUGGGCCACGGCGAAGCGAUGGGCCCAGCACCUUGUGGCUGAGAAGAAGCGGCUGGUGAGGUACAUCGAGCGCCUCAAGCUUUGUGCUGCCGUAUGUGACAUCACGCCGCUGCAGUACACUAAGGUCGCAGUGGCUUUCAACGCGGUGGCUGCCUUUUAUAGGCGCGCGGCUCGGUCAGAGCAUGUGCUGUGUGUCUUGGAUGCUGCCUUCGCAGGCUUCUUUCGGCGAGGGCUGAUCGGCUUGGUCGAGGCUGACUUUGAGGACUACGUGUCGCCUGUAUUGAGGGAGGUGUCCAACCUGGCCCGUGCGGCCAAGGCGUUUACGUCGGAUGCUGGAGAUCUUGGGAUGGUCCUGAAACCGCCGAAGUUUGGAUGUAUCCCUUGGAACCAAAAAGUUUGGGGACAGCUCAAGAGGCACUUGGGAACCUUGAAGAUCCCGUACAGGGCCCACAUGAGGAAUCUGGGACACGAGCUCACAGGACCUCGAGUUCUUCGGCAUAUGGAGAAGCGUAGGUUGGUGCAGUUUCGAGAGCGCAAGCAUCGUUUUCGCAUGUUGAAGUCCGCCUGGCGCAUGGCGGUGCAGUUGCUGGAGUUAGCGACAGCGCUCUUCGCGAGUUACGACAUUGUGCUGCAGUCCUAA